AUGCCGGACGGAAAUGAGCUCACUGAAAAAAGAUUUCGAUGUUUCUGUGGAAUUUGUCAUGUUGUGACGGGAACCCAACUAUGUCUGAUUUGGUACAUCUUAACUUCUGCUCUCUCAUUGUUGUUUGGAAUGAGAUCCACGUGCACAUGGUUGAUUGUUCCAAUUUGUGUAGUUGGAUUGGGAAUGUACGCAUUCUAUUCAAAGCGGCAUAAAUUCUUAUAUCCAUUCCUGAUUAUCACAGUUGUACAACAAUUGGUAUGUAUGCUCAUGGCAACUAUUAUUACGAUAUUCUCAUUGUGCAGUUUCGAUACGAUGCUUGCUAUUAUUGGUCAUACACUGGAUAUGGCGGAGCCACCAUCAAAAACUCUCGCACUAUUUGUUGUUUGUGGAACAGUUUCGGCAUGUAUUCUACUUUCAUUUAUUCAUGUCUGGCAAGCAAUUAUCAUUUAUACAUGCCUUGAAUACUAUGAAGACGAAUAUCGGAAGUUAGAAGAAGGCUUCUGUGUGGAAACAUCAAGAUUAGAUGCAACUGAUUUUGAUGAUAGCAGAAGUCGAUGUACUCCAGAUCCACCGUACCAACAACGGGAACCAAGAUUUCCACUUGUCUGAACAAUAGUUUCUAAUCUUAUUUUCCCAUUUGUAAACUUGUUAUUAUCAAAAUAUUCUUCAAAACAUUGUUCUCAAAAAAAUCAAAUCCCGCCUUACUUCCCAUUCAUUCCUCUACAAUCAUCGCCUUCUUUCAAUCUCACUUUUCAGUGUUUUCUUGUUGAACAAUAUUUGGUAUCAUUUUCAGUAUUUUAUUUUCGGGUUCAAAACUUUUGGUCAAACACAUUCAAUAAAUCAUUUCCACUCGUA